AUUUGAAUUCGGUGUCUUUAUUUUGAUACUAAUAAUAAUAUUAUUAUAAAAUUUGGGAAUCGAUUAUUUCGAUAUUUGCCUUCUUUUGUUUGCUUUAUGUUGUUGAAGUGGGUUUGAUGAAGAAGAGUUAUAAAGUUCUUGAAUACAAAUCGUGGGAAUUCAAAAGUAAAAAAAAAAAUGAGGUAGAAAAGAAGGAAAAUGAAAGCAGGUGUGGAAAUGACAAUAAAAAGGGCAACGAAAAGGGCAAUGGCACUGAUAAUGAAAAGGAAUAUGAGAAAGAAGUUGAAGCUGAAAUUGAAAUUGAAAUUAAACUGUGACAAUUUAGCAAAAAACUCAGUUUUCAAAUGAAAUGAAAUAGAAAAUAGAGCUAAAGAAGCGUAGAAAAUGAGUAAAAUAUCAACAAAAAGCAGCAAAACGAUGAAAGAAAAGCGAGAAAACCAGAAAAGUUUGAAAAGUUGAAAAGUUGAAAAAGUUUUGGAUUUGAAAAAAGUUGCAAAGAA